UAAAAAUAUAAGUUAACUAUUUCUUUAUUUAUUGUAAAAAAAAAGCAAAUGAACUAAGAUAAUUUUUCUAAAACUUGUUAGGAAUAGUUGAAGGAAGUCAUAGAAAUUAUUAAAGAUACUUAAAAUUUUAUUUCUGAAAACUAAAAAAGAGUUAGCUUUUAGAGAUAUUUAGGUCAAGAAAUAUUUUGGGUUCUUCAUAGAUGGCUUGAAACUAUAUUUUAGUAAAACUUUACUCAUAUAUCAUCAAAUAUAGAGCCUUCUGUUUAGAGAUUUCUCUAAUAAAUUAAAGGAGAUUUUUUGAAUAUUAGAACUUUAGUUUAGAAGCUUAAAUUUGAAUUUAAUUCAAAAUAUGAAGACGAGUUUGAAAUAAUAAAAAAUAUUUAAGAAGGUUUAUAGAAUUUAAUUAAAGUAGGUAUUGAGGGAUUUAAUAACGGAAUUGUUAAGAUAGAAACUAAAACUUCUUUGGAUGAGUUCUAAAAAUAUUUGACACUUCUCAAUUUUACAAUAUUACAAUACAGAUAAAUAGAUAGCUAAUUCUUUAAGUGUCAAACUGAAAUGAUGAAAUAUGGUAAGAAUAAGUAACCUUAUAAAAUUGAUUGUCCAUAUUUCAUUAUUGACCACACAGUUACUCAAUAAGCAACACUUGAAGCUGAUGAUGUGUAUGAAGGACUUAAAGCUUUCUGCCAUCAAUAUCUGAAUAAAACUUUGCACAAAGAAAUACACCUCAAGAAACUUGAAUUUUAUCUUGAUUUUGAUAACACUGGUUAAAUUUAGUUAAGUGAUGUUGAUGACUUCUUUACUUUUGUUUGGUGUAAUCCAUAUGAAAGAGAGUAAUUCUUGUCAGAAAAGGAAUUCUUUAAAUCUGAUGAAAAGAAAAACAAAUACAAAUUAGUCCUAACAUUAAAAAAGCAAUCACCAAACUUUGAUCCUUUAUUCCCUAGAUAAAUUUAUAUUGAUGAAUAUGGAGUCGUUCCCUAAGACAAGAGAUAAUCUAAAGACAGAGAAAAAAUUCGUAAGCCAGUUAGAUUUGGAAGAAAAGCUAUGAAUAAUAAUAACCUUAUUCCUUGUGACGUCUAUUUUGGAUAAAAGGAAAUGACUAUCAGUAAAAGAUAGUUUGUAAUUAAGUCUGACUAGGAUGAUUACUAUGCUUAUUGCAUAUCUACUACCAAUCCUACUGAAUUCUUGGUGAUGACUGAUGGUUGCUUUAUCACCAAAGGCUCAGUUAUCACUUUAUCUGAUAAGGUUUGCUUUAUAGUAACAGAAUGCGUAGUACCUCUUGACGAAGAAUAAGUAGUAGAAAAAAUGGAAGAAGAGAGUAUUAUUGGAGAUGGACCAACUGUUAGAAGAGGUAAAAAAAAUAAUCCUGCUCUUGCUUAGAUUAAAAGCAAAGCUGACAAAAUGAAAGAAAUAUAAGACCCUAAAGACUACAAAGAAAAGAAUAUUGCUGAUGAGGAUGAAGGAUUAAAAGUUGAAAAUGAAAUAACAUAAAAAGAUGAGCAUAAAACUUUUGAAAAGAAGAAAGGAGGUAUGAAGGAUAUUAAAGAGUAUUUCUAAAAGAAGAUGAACAAUGAAAAAAUUGAUGAUGAGCAAGCUUAAUUUGUUACUUAAGAAUUUAAAAAUCAAAAGAAGAAGUAAAAAGAUGAUGAAGAAGAUUACAGAUGUUUCCCUAAUAAGGAUAUGACAACGAAAUGCACAAGAAGAAAAGGUGAGUGCUAUUUAUAAUUAGAGUUAGACUGGUGUGAUUUGGAAUGUGAGGAUUAAAUAAGAGAGACCCUUAAGAAGUUUAAUUAAAUUUAAAGAGAAAAAAAACAAGGUUAUUUUACCAUAGGAACAGCUAAAGGAUUAGAAAUACCUAUUGAAGACCAUUCUAUUAAAGAAUUCUAGUGCUAUUUUAUUUAUAAAGAAGAAUUUAAAAAAUGGAUUUGUAUGGAUUACAACUAAAACAUUAUGGCUACAGCUAUUUAGAAAGACUAGUACACUACCGUUGCAUUUAAAGGAAAUAAUGAUAAAAAUCACUCUGAAUUAUUCAAACUACAAAAAGGUGCAGUAAUUGUUGUAUCUGGAAAUUUCCUUGAAGUUGAUUUUGUUGAUGUUGACUUUGAUAAGAAUUAAUGA